AUUCAUUACACUACCUAUGACAUGCAUGAAGAGUAUGAUUUCCUACACCUAGGCCACCAGUCUGACAUAAUGGUUCCUACUGGUGAAUCAGGGCCAGGUUGCCAUCCAUAUUGGGAUGCCUGUGUACUUGGAAUCUACCAUGUUGAUGUGUGA